UGGAGGCGGUGGCGGCCGGCCCGCUGCUGGCAAGAGGAAGCGGGGAAACGCACUGGGGCGGCGGCGGGCGGGGUCACGAACUCUGACCUUUCACGGGGGCACGGCACAAAAAAACAAAACAUCCCCCCCCGCGCGGCCCCUAACACAGACCCGGCCCCCCGCCCCGGUACCCCCCGCCGCCACCCUCACGGGGGGAGGGAGGGCCGCCGCCGGGCAUUACCGCCCCGCCGGGCCCAGGUCAGGGUCACCGCCAGGGCACGUUUGGCGCCAAUUCCUGAGGUGCAGACUGUUCAGACCUCAAUAUCUGAAUCUCCAGUGAUGACCAGCCCUUCCCAACGUAUCCAGAUAAUUUCCACAGACUCCUCUGUAGCUUCACCACAACGCAUUCAGAUUGUGACAGAUCAGCAAACAGGUCAAAAAAUCCAAAUAGUGACUGCAGUAGACUCGGCUGUGUCUCCGAAGCAACAGUUCAUCUUAGCCAGUCCAGAUGGAACUGGCGCAGGAAAGGUGAUAUUGGCAGCACCUGAGACACCUAAUGCCAAACAGCUGAUCUUUGCCACCACUGACAACAUUGUGCCAGGCAGAAUUCAGAUAGUGACAGACUCUGCUUCAGUGGAACGUUUGCUGGGAAAAGCAGAUGUUCAGCGGCCCCAGGUAGUAGAAUAUUGUGUAGUCUGUGGCGAUAAAGCAUCAGGUCGUCACUAUGGUGCUGUCAGUUGUGAGGGAUGCAAAGGUUUCUUUAAAAGGAGCGUGAGAAAGAAUUUGACCUACAGUUGUCGUAGCAACCAGGACUGUAUCAUCAAUAAACACCACCGGAAUCGCUGCCAGUUUUGUAGGCUUAAGAAAUGUCUAGAGAUGGGCAUGAAAAUGGAAUCGGUUCAAAGUGAAAGAAAGCCUUUUGAUGUACAACGUGAAAAACCAACCAACUGUGCAGCUUCCACUGAAAAAAUCUAUAUCAGAAAAGACCUACGAAGCCCUCUAAUAGCAACUCCAACAUUUGUGGCAGAUAAAGAUGGGACGCGAUCAGCAGGUCUUCUUGAUCCGGGAAUGCUUGUGAAUAUCCAGCAGCCUUUGAUCAGGGACGAUGGUACAGUCCUCCUAGCUGCUGACUCCAAGGCUGAAACAAGCCAGGGUGCUUUAGGAACACUAGCAAAUGUUGUAACAUCUCUUGCUAAUCUCAGUGAGUCUCUAAAUAAUGGAGAUACUUCUGAAGUUCAACAAGAAGAGCAAUCUGCAAGUGAGAUUACGCGGGCAUUUGAUACUUUGGCUAAAGCACUUAAUACCACAGAUGGUACAGCAGCUCAUAACUUGGCAGAUGGGAUGGAUCCUACAGGAGGAGGGAGUAUUCAUGUAAUUAGUAGAGAUCAGUCAACACCAAUUAUUGAAGUGGAAGGACCCCUACUUACAGAUACACAUGUCACAUUUAAGCUGACGAUGCCCAGCCCAAUGCCGGAGUACCUUAAUGUUCACUACAUCUGUGAGUCAGCAUCACGGCUACUUUUCCUCUCUAUGCACUGGGCUAGGUCCAUACCUGCAUUUCAAGCUCUUGGGCAGGACUGUAACACCAGCCUGGUGCGCGCCUGCUGGAACGAGCUUUUCACCCUGGGCCUGGCACAGUGUGCCCAGGUCAUGAGCCUGUCCACCAUUCUGGCGGCUAUCGUCAACCACCUCCAGAACAGCAUUCAGGAAGAUAAACUUUCUGGAGACAGAAUAAAGCAAGUCAUGGAACACAUCUGGAAACUUCAGGAGUUCUGUAACAGCAUGGCCAAGCUUGAUAUUGAUGGAUAUGAAUAUGCAUACCUUAAAGCUAUAGUCCUCUUUAGCCCUGAUCACCCUGGUCUGACCAGUUCAACCCAAAUAGAAAAAUUCCAGGAGAAGGCACAGAUGGAAUUGCAGGACUAUGUACAAAAAACCUACCCAGAAGAUACUUAUAGGCUAGCCCGGAUUCUAGUUCGCCUGCCAGCCCUUAGGCUGAUGAGCUCUAGUAUUACCGAGGAACUGUUUUUUACUGGUCUCAUUGGAAAUGUUCCCAUUGACAGCAUAAUCCCCUACAUUCUCAAAAUGGAAACAGCAGAAUAUAAUGGGCAAAUAACUGGCACAUCUGCGUAGUGGGAACAACACAAUUUGAUGGAUCGAAGUAAUUUUUGUAAAAACAUAAAAUUGCGAAGUUAAAAAAAUAGCAUUUUGGUAUGUACAGAUAUUUCCAAUUUGUUACCAGUUUCCUGUCAGAUUUCUCCUUGUCUGUUUGACGCUGACAAAAUUUAAGCAGCUAUUAAAAUACCUGCUAUAGAACCUUUUCAGCCACAAGGAAUAUUUUUAAUGCCUUUCAUUUAAAAGGCUAUAGAUUACUGAAAAUACUUUUCACGUGCUUUGUAUUUAGAAAUUAUCAGUGGUUAAAAAUAGAGUUUUAUAAUAUCAGAGAUUAGUAAUAAAAUUACUUUAAAAGUAAAAAGAACAGUAUGUAUAUAUUUAAAAAUAUCCUUGGAAUUAAUAUCUAAUAAAUGCCAGGAUAUAAUACUAGCACUUUGUAAGCACUUCUUGUCAAAGCGACAAUGUCAUCAACAUCCUGCUUAUGAGUAUGGAAACUGAAAAAAAAUUGCCUAUGUCCUUAGUCAAAAUGCUAGUGAUUUCUGUGAAAAUGUAGAAUGCUACAGGAGACAAUCAUUUAUUCUACAAAAAGAUACUUGCUCUUAAGUUAUGCAUGAUGUAUUAACGUGGAUUCUUAAAUCAGAUAUCCACAUUAUUUGAAGCUAUACUCUAUUAAAUGAAUGCAGUUGUAAUUCACAGUACGAUGCGGUCAUAGUGACAAUUACAUGCUGCAGGAAUUACCCAAACUAGGAGAAAAAAUGUGUUUCUUGCCACAGUAAUGAUGAAAUAUUCUGGUUCCUUGAAGUUUCUAUUCAGACCGACACAAUCAUGACAAACGUUACUCUAAUAGGAAGACUUUUGAUUGUGGGGAAAAUCAGUCAUUAACUGGAAGAAUAGUUGUUUUCAAGUAGAGCUGUGUGAUGCUCUUUGUAUUUCCAAAUUUUUCCUUCCUCUGUACUCCUAAACACUCUCUUCGGCCAGCCAAAGGUACAAUUCAAACCCUGGAAUGUGCAGAGCCUCUGGCUGUCAGCAAGAGCAUAUUACAAAGCGUUCCCACUUUAUUUCUCCCCUAAUUCUUCCCUUCCCUGACUGAGCGCUCACACUUUUGCAGUGCUCUCAAACUUCCGUGGCUCAGUUUGAAGCUGAAAUACAAUCAGGAUUUAUGUUGUUGUGUACAAUUGCAGUUAAUGACUGAUAGACCAUGGAGUUAUAGAAUUAACUACUUUUUAAUUGCCUAGAGUUAUGAGCCAUCAUUGUGUUUUCUAGUGUCAGCCAUUAGCUGCUAGCAUUGCCUUCAUUUUAGUAUAGUUUAUUAUUAAAGACAUUAAAUAUUUUAAGCAAUCAAAGUUUUUUUUAAAAGUCAUGGUAAUUAAUACCUUCAUCUGAUCCUGGCUCAGAUGCAUCAAUUAUUUUAAUUAUUUGUAUGGUAGAGGCAUUUUCUACUUGCGUAUUUUUAUGUGACAAAAAUCUAAUGAUAAGUUCUGCACUUUCGUUUUUCUUCUGUUAUUGACAUUUAUUUAGAAACACCAACCAGAUUGGUGUUUGUGUCUUUUAAGGGUCUGACUUGUAGCCAAAAGAUCUUAAGCAGCUCUAGAUGAGGCUUCUGACGUACUAAAAAGUCCUGACCUGGUUUGUGUCAUUCUCAUCAGGAGGCUCACGGUUGUAGCACUCUUUGUGACACAGAAGGCUACUUAAUUUUAGUUUCUGGAUGCAUUACAGUUUUCUACAGUCACCAUUGUUACAGCAUUCAGGAUCUUCUUUUCUCAAAAGGGUGUUACAAAGAGUCAAAUAUGCAUGCAGAGAUUUGUAAUAUUGCACUUUCAUUUCUCUUGGCUUUUGCUAUAGCAAACAAAAUUGUCAUUUUUUUCAUAUGAUGGAAGGUCUGCGCUCUGAAUAUUAAGUCAACUGGAAUAGAGAAUUUUGUACUAGCUGUUUUAUUGCAGUGUAACUUUUUGUGUGAUUGUGUCAGCACUUCGAUGCAAACUCCCUGUUUUAAGGGUAUACAACUUAAAAUCAAUUGUGAUAUUAACAGCAUCAGAAGUUGCUACCUUGGAAAUAGUUGUGGCCGUUUCUGUUAAAAUUUAAAAUUUUAUUGCAUUAUGUCAUUGUUGUUCUAAAAGCAGUAUGCAUUGAAUUAUUGUGAUUUUUUCAUUGCAAAAAAAAAUUAUGCAGUUUAAUUUGCUUUCAGUAUUAUGUAAAAAUCACUUAAGUGGAUAAGUAAGCAUCAUUAGUGACAUCUUUGUGGCCCUUCAUUGGACCCUCUCCUACGUGUCUCUCCUCGACUGGGGAGCCCGGGCUGGACACAGCACUCCAGAUGUGGCCUCACCAGUGGCGAAUACAGGGGAAGGAUCCUCUCUCUCAACCCGCUGGCCAUGCUUUGCCCAGGGCAGCCCAGGGGACGGUGAGCCUUCAUUGUGGCAAGAGGACGUUGUGGGUCAUGUUCCACUUGGUGGCCUCCAGCAUAUAUUGGUGCCUGGGGUUGUUCCUCCCCAGGGGCAGGACUUUGUGCUUCCCCUUCUUGAACUGCAUGAGAUUCCUCUUGGCCCAUUUCUCCAGGCUGUCAUGGUCCCUCUGGAUGGCUGCAUGGCCCUCCGGUGUAUCACGCAGUGAAGCUGGUCAUCUCUCAGUGAUCCGGGUCUAACCGAGCAGUGAAGCUAUUUUAACUCAUUCAAAGAAAGCUUUUUGUUUUCCUUGUCUGUCCAUCAAUAGGAAGCACAGAACAGAUGAAGGGAUUCUUUCUGCCAGCAGUUCAGGUGUUUCUUGGUAGCAAUAGGAAAGGGCAUAGCUAAGGAAAACGGGCCUCACAAAGUUGUCCCUGCUCUGUGUUAACCUUUGCUGUUACCUCCAGCCUUUGGUGCUUGGGCGUUCAGACCUCUAAGAGAGCAGAGGGAGAACAGUGUGCACGGUGCUGCUGCAGGCUCGGGCACGUUUCACACUGUCUCUGCAGAAGGUACAGGGCUGAUGUUGUUCUUGUCAUUGCUGAGGUUUGUACCACCCCCCUGCCAGUAACCAAAAGAUGGUAACAGGCUAAUCUUACUCGCUUUACUUCUAAAUUAGUUUCAUUUGUUUCUUCUUUGCAAGUGCAUACUUUUGCUUAUGAAUAUGGGACAGGAGAGGUUUUUUUAUUAUUGUAACAUUUAUUGAAAAACUGUUUCUUAAGUAUGGAACUAGCUUGUUUUUGUAAAGGCCAAGUGUCAAUGCCAAACUGGUGUUUACAGAACUAGGAGUCAAAGGACCAUAGCCCUGAAAGUGAAUUCUAAGAAAAGUAACAUCUCACUGAAGCUCUACUUAGUGCCUAAAAUUCACUCUCUCCAGAAUUUUCAAGGUCCUGUUUCUGCUGCUUUUGAAAAUAUAUUUAACUCGGUAGAGACGUAGUGAUAAAGUAUGUGAUUAGCUCUGUCUGAACUUGAUUACAUGUGUAUCUUGGUUGUAAUGCAUUCAGACAAAUGUUAGAAUUCUGUGCUGACUGAAACUGGGGCACGCAGGAAGCAAUAAUGAGGCAGUAAUGUUCAUUCUCCAUGUACUCCAUUUGUUUUGCAACUUUUUUGAGAAGGAACUGAAUUUGAAUCUUGUAGAAGAAAAGAACAAUGAUCAGUAACAUAUAGGAGUAUUCUGGGUUAGCUUUGUAAUAAUGAUUUUUAUUGCAUUUGUGACCAGGGCAAGAAGGUUUACUACUUUUCCCUUAAUUUACUUACAUUGGACGAAAGAUGAGGAACUAAGCUCAUGUGCAGAAGUCACCGUUCUCUCUUUACAUGGCUUGUAAAUGAGAUCUGGUGCUUUUGGUGCCAGGAGAGUCACUCGGGUGUGAAAGUGGUAGAAGAGGAAAAAAUAAUCUCCAAGGAGAAUCCUUCAAAGAGAUCAUACAAGAUUUUAGCUGCCUUAAAAUGUUAGUUUAUUAAGGAGGCUUAGUUUUCCGAGCACUCUGGGGCAAGAAACCAUUGAUGGUCACCACUGAUUACUUGGUACCAUUUACCAAGUCUCUUUUUGCCCUUGGGGCGAGGGGGGACUGAAGGUGCCUGUGCUGGAUGCAUCCUCCCUGGGGUACCCUUGGCCAAGGGCUCGUUCUGGGGUGAAUCAGGCCUGAAGCUUCCAGGCAAAACCAGUUUCCUGACUGUGUUUCUUCUUUGGCAGAGACUGUAAAGCACUGCAAUGUUUUCCUUGCUGUGUGUAGCACACAGGACUUUCACAGAUUCCUGAACGAUUCCAUCAAAGAUGCUGGAGAUGUCACUACAUUUUUCUGGCCAUUAUAAUUAAGACAGUAGUUAGGAUUCUUCCCUGAUUACCUGCUAUUUAAUUUGUAAGGGGUAAUUUUAAAAAGGCCCAAAUAGCAUGAGCAGCAAGGGUAUCAGGAACACAGUUUAGCCAGGAAAAGGACUGGAAAUCUGUGGGCUGAGGAUGCUGCUCAAGCAUCAGUGAUCAGAGCAGCUCCCUGCGACAGCCACCCGUCGGGGCCAGUUCGGGGUGGGUGGCGUGAGCAGAACUGGCCAGUCUGUCAGCCACAGAGAUUGCACUAGCAAAUACCAACAGGAUGAUACCACCCUGAAAAGAAAAGAAAAAAUACAUCAACAUGUUGUUUUUCUAUUUUAAAUCCCUCUCCUCUCCUGCAGUUACUCUUUAGAGUGCAAGAGCAGGGUAGGUGGGUUCUUUUCCAUCUACUCCUGCCUGUAAGAGAAAAAGCAGAACUACCAGGCAGAGGGGAAGCAGGUUCCCAUCUAUGCUGGUAUUUUGCCAGCUCACCACAACCCACAGAGCUGUGUGGUCCGCUCUGAUGAUGGGCCAUGAGAGCAGCACCAGCAUCUGCAGCCCCGAUUCCCUACAGCCGGGGAGGGCAACGAGCUGAGGCCAUGAACGCCGUGCAGAGAGAGAGGACAAAUUGCCAGCAUCUACAGGAACUUGAAUGACAGAAAGUUAGUUUAACGAACAGCUUUAUAUGACAAAUUAACAAGAGGGCAUGGCAAAGGAGAGGAAAGGAAAACUUUGUGCACCUCUUGAUUCUGAAGUUGCUGAAUCAUUUUAACAGUAAAUUCUUCUGAACUAAGUUUAGGCUUAUUGUUUGAUGGAAAAUGCCAUAACGCCUCUUUUUACAUAAUGCUACAGCCCCACUUCUGCAGCAAUCAAUGUUAUCAACAUUAUAUGGGGACUUAUUUGUGCAAAAAAAAAUUAGAACAUUAUUUAUACUGAGGUUGCAAGUUGAAGUUUUCGUAAAGUUUAAAUGCUCUAAGUCUAAAUAUAUUAGACUUGGAAAACAUCAAACCCCAGAAUUACCUUAUUACUGAGCUUUUUGUUGUGAAGUCAAGUUGCAAAGUUCCUCAUAGCUAAUAACUGCCAUAAUGUUCCAUAAUUCCUACAGCCAGUUUUCUCCUCUGAGUUAUAUGAAUGCUUUGAAAAUGGCUUAUUAUUGUUAAAUUCAUGCCUGUCUUCCUUCUUUUUAAAGGGUUUGAUAAAUUUUUACACAUUUUAUUUUGUGCCUCCCACCAUUGUGCAUUUCUGCAUGUCCAAUUCUAAAACUCACUCGAGCAGCUGAUGCAUAUGUACAUAGUUGUAUGUAUGUGUGUAUGAAUGUAUAUGUUUAUACCUGUCUAAAUAUAUUAUGUACAGUGUAUAGAAAGUGUGUAGUGUAUGUAUAUAUGUACAGAUAUGUAGCCAUGUGUUCACACCGUUCUGUGUGUUAAAGCUUUUCAUUCAUUUGCUAAUCCAGAGCUUCCUAGUUCUCCUUUCUUAGCCCAAGCUAAGCCUCGCUUAAGCAGGUGAAUCCUCAUGAAUUUCAGAGUUUUGUACCUUUUUCUAAACCCAGCCUGAUUUUAGUAUUUUCUGUUCAGAACUGACAAAUAUAUUCCAUAAAUUUUCUGGCUUUUACAGUACUCCCUCUACCUUUUCUCAUUUGACAUGUAGAAGCCUGCCAGUGAAUAGGUAAUUGAAGAUAUAAUAUCUUAAAAAUAAAUAACCAUAGUCACAGAAAAUACUCUCCUGUUUUCAAUAUAUACUCAUUCUGUUUCAGCCUUCUGAGAGACUUUUUAGGAAAGUUUUCUUUUCAGUGAAAGUUGGUGUAAGAGAUCGAUUUAUUAUUUUUUUUAAAGUCUUCCGCAGUGGCUAAUUGGAGAAAAACAAGUUGCCCUUUAACAUUGAACUGUAGCACACAGAACAGGAUGCAAUGGAUGGUGUUUAAAAAGUCAAUACUGACAUUGCCAUAAUGAUCACAUGAAACCAAACCAUUAGUUAAACAACGACUGUGUCCUCUCUUCAACGGAAUGACAACAUUUCUGUUACAGUGCUAAUUAAAUAAGAGGGAGGCUGCUCCGUUUAUUUCUUAGCAAGCAUCAAGGCUUAUUUUGGGUUUUCAUGAUGCGUUUCAAUUGUAUAUUCACUUUCCGAAGUUACUCUCUCUGUUGCCCAGCUUGAACUAAACGGAGCUGGGCAGUUCAUUGGGAUGUCAGAGUAACACCCCUUUGGGGCUGCCUCUGGGGGACUGUGACCGGCUCCGGCGCUGGGGGCGUGGGGUGUCCACUGCUCACAGAGUGCUCGUGGAAUCACACUCACAUUAAGACUGUGAAUUACUCAUAGGCAGUAUUCAGACAUUUACAUUACCAAAAUAUAAGUAGUUCUUGUUCCUUUUCCCUUCUGAUGACUUUGGUUAACAGAGGAAGCCUUCUGUAAAAGUUACUCUAUUAAGUUUGGGUUUUUAAAAAAGCAUUUUACAGAUUGCGUGGGGGGAUAGUUCAGCAAAGUCUUGUUUUUGUCACUAAGAAGGUGAAAUGGAAUUUUUCUGGGCAUAUAUUCCCACCUUUUGUACUUGGUGGGGCAAAAACUUGUGUAGGUUUAAGCAGAUGAGCAGACACCAACUAAGCCAAGGUGAGCUUCUUGCCUGCUGCAAGUAAAACACAGGUCUCUUCAGAGUCAGGCCCUUGUCAGUCUUUGCUACAGCAAGUGCUAAGGAUGUUCUGUUUCUGGCCACAUUGUUUAGCAAGUGUUUGUAAGCUUUCUUUCAAAUACGGAAAAAAAAACUGUAAAACAUCCACUUUAACAUUUCAAACCUUAUUUUUGAGAUUUUCAGCAGGAAAAUUAUUUAAAGUAAUGGCAGGAAUUCCUGUGACAGAGGGUCCUUCAUUGGUGCCUUGACAAUCAGUGCUGUUUGAAUAGUGUUUGCUUUUCUCUUUAAAGGCUGAAUGGAAACCUAACGUCUGUUGACAUAAUUGUACUGCAGUGACAGUUUUAAAGAUUAGGAAUCCAAUUGGGAUAUUGAUCAGGAUUGAAUCCGUUUAAAAAUUCAGUUGUGAAUUUUGAAAAAAACCCCCAUAUUUUAAAAUUGUGAACUUGUUUUAUAUCCACGUUUGAAUUGUUUGUAUUCUGAAGGACAAAAUGCGCUCAUAUUUAAGUGGCAAUGAAGGCUCUGUUGUAAUAUUCUGUGCAAACUGUGGAAUGUGAAAUCACUUUCUGUACGUAAGCACAGAAAGCAGAGGUGUGAGACGCAGCCUAUUGCCAGGUGUCCAGCACCCCUGAGUAACUGGCUUCUCAAAUAUUUUUUAAUGAUCUCAGAUUAAUGAUAAUAAGGCAUGGGUCCAUUUUAAAAUAUUUCUGAUGAUUUUGUGUUAAAAGUAGGACUGAAUAAAUUUCCAAAAAAAAAAGGAUAUUCUUUAAGAAGAAAACACCUACAGAGCAUAUAUGUUAAAUUUCUCAUACGUGGACUCAAUGUUAAAUGUGGAAAUAUUUUUAAUAAUUACUCUGUAUUCCAGAAUACAUUGCAAGCCAGUGUUCUCACAGUUCCACGUUGUGAAGUGCUGUAUCCACCUGGAGUUCUGAGCUCCUACAAAACCAGCAAAUUUUUAUAAAAGGAAUAAUCUACUUUUAAUUCCUUGGGAUGUUUUCUGGAAGUCUAUGUUCAUUAUAAUUUAGAAAACUACUGUUUAUUUUAAUAUAUUUUAAUUUCAACUUUAGAAACUUGCAAAAGUUACGUAUUUCUCACAGCUUCUGUUGUGAAAUCAGCAACUGUUAUGUGUGGUAGCCUUUAAAAAUAAUAGCAUGUUCUUUUUUUUAAUCUGAAUUUUAUAUCUAAUCAAUGUCUUCAGUCAUGAAGAGAAAUUUGCAUUGUUGUGUUUGUAUAUAGAGUAUUGCAGUGCAUGAUUUAGCUUAUGCAUUUUAUUAAAUGCUGUUUAAAUGUGGCAGUAUAUUGUUGUGGCUUAAUACUACCUAAAGGAGGUUUAUACCAUUAAAGUAAAUUACAAAUAUAAA